UUCUUCUGGGUCCUUCUGGUGAUCUUCCUCACGGAGCUGCUGCUGAUAUUCAUCGAAAUCAUCUUUGAGAACAAGAUGAAUGAGGUUUUCCACUCCAACAUCCAAGAGGGCAUCAGGCACUAUUACGAUGACCUUGACUUCAAGAACAUCUUGGAUUUUGUACAGGAAAAGUUUUCUUGCUGCGGCGGCGAUGAGUACCGAGACUGGGAGGUUAACCAGUACCACUCUUGCAACAGCAGCGGGCCGCUGGCGUGCGGGGUGCCCUACACGUGCUGUAUCAGGAAGGUCCCUGGAGAAGUCAUUAACACCCUGUGUGGAUACAGGACGCUCGAUAAAGAGCGCCUGGAGCUGCUCAACGACAUCCACGUGCGAGGCUGCAUCCACGCCGUCGGGCUCUGGCUCAAAGACAACUUCGAGGCCACUUUGGGCAUCGUUUGCUCCCUGCUGCUUCCACAGGUGAUCGGCCUCGUGAUGGCUUGGCUGUAUUGGCAAAAGCUCAACGAGAUCUACUCCAAGCUGGACGCCGUUGACUUCAAGAUCCUGGAGACGCGGGAUUUCAGCUUUGGGGCGGUGGAUCUGAGCGGCGCGGGCUGGUGCUGGUGCUUGCCCAAGGAAGGGGGCUACAUUCCCGUCAAUGCCGAGGAGGAGGAGGAGGAAGGUGCCACCGCCGCAGCAAAGAGUGAGAAGGUGGAGGACUGA